GCGUUCGCCGAAGUGGAUCUCGAGAUUGCCAUGCGCGUGCUCGCCAUGGCGCCAGCUAUGCGCCAGCAGCUGCGGGGCGCGCGGCCACGCGGCAGGGGCCGCGCCUCGCGCAACGCCGGGGCCCGCGCCGACCUCGGCAAGGACGCGCCGACACGUCCGGCGGCCCCGCCCUCGGCCGCAGUUGAGGCAGCGGAGCGUUCGGAGCAGCCUGCGCCCGACGUCGGGCCGCCCAGAGCCGAGGCCGAGGCGCCUUCCGCCUCCGUCGAGCGGCGGAGCGGCGGGCCAGCCUCGCAGGGUGCUGCCGAGAGCGGUCUGACUGUGGAGGCCGCCACCUCCCCGCGUGAGUUCGGCGUCGCCGAGGCGGUUGUGGAGGAGGAGUCUUCCGAGGAUGGCAGCCCCGAGUGCAACGGCGCCUCCGACGGCGGCGCUGGAGGGCCUUCCUCCUUCGGCGCUGGGCAGCGCGAGCGCGACGCGGGCUGGUGCGACGGCGAGCGGGCGGCGGCGGCGGCGACGGAGGCCGCGCGACUGGCAGCGGCGAAGUCUCACCGCGGUGCCGACGCGGAGGCGCGCGACCCCGCGUCAGAGGAGUCGCGUUGCCAGCAAGGCCCCCCGCCCCUGCCGGAGCUGACGUCGACGGGCUCGGCCCAGGGCAGCUGCGCGCGGCGCGAUGCCGACGCUGAGCUGCACGACAUGUUCGAGAAGAGUGGGUCCGAGAGCGUCGGCAAGCUGGAGGGGCUGGACUUCGGCCUCGAGGGCGUGGAAGCGCGGGCCCGCGUCGCGUGCAAGGAGACGCUGCCGCGGCGCAGCGCGAUCGGGGCCAGGUCUGGCGCCGCCUCGGAGGGCGUCGACUG